UUUUUGAUUUUGAGUAGCAUUGAUCUUUGAGAAUCUCCUGAUUUUUUUGGUCCGGAAUCAGUUUCUGUGUAAACUAAUCUUUCAGGGACUCGGGAAUUUGUGUAACUUUCUAUGAUUUAAGCACUUGUGUUUUAUCUGAUUGAAUGUAUCAGUAGCAUAAAUCUGUGUUUUACCACCAAAAAAGAGCUAUUUGUUUUCAGAAUAAAAUGUAUAUAUGUACAUGCAACAUACGGCACGUAUACAACAGGUAUGAAAUAAAUCAGAGAUCGUUGAUUCUUUUUUUCUACAGGAACACAUACCCACGCUAGAUGGCCAUGUUCCGGAACAGAAACGGGACCUGCCUCCUCCAAACCCCGCCAUCACGAUUAAGGAGGAGUUCUUCAAGCUUCCAAUGUACAAGGACAUCGAUACAUACAUCCUAGCGGCGCCUUCUAAGCUAUUGGUGGGAUCAUUUGAUGACGUCAUUAAGUUUUUUAAGUUCCGUGACUAUUGGAAUGAUAUGGCCUUGACCCGGGCCAUUUUUCUGUGGGUGGUACAUCAGGACAUCUACAAUCUAAAGUCCACAGAUGAACCUCCCCCUAAUUCACCACUGGAGUACUUCAUCAGCAUGCAGACCAGCCAGGGGGGAUACGCCCACCUUAUCUGGGGGCUUUGUCACAUGCUGGGUGUACCGUGUGCUAUCAUCAAUGGAAUGACAAAGAGCGCCGCCUAUGAAGUUGGAGGCAAAGUAAACAGGGAAAAUAUGGGUGCCCAGUGGAACGCCAUCUACCUCAAAGGUGAAUGGCGGUUCAUCGACGCAUUCUGGGCUUCAGCUUGUGUCGUAGGUAAAAAAUCCAAGGACUGGAAAUUGGUGGACAACGAAGGAAAUUACGUAGACGAGGACGAGGAGGAUGAUGGAGCGUACCAGCACGUGGAAAAUGAGGUCAAUGAGUUUUACUUCAUGACGGAUCCCCAGAAGUUUAUAUGGACUCACUACCCUGACGAGGAGGAGUGGCAGUGUUUGCAAACUCCGGUUUCCGUGACGGAGUUUGAAGAGCACGUGUACCUACGGGAGCGUUUCUAUUCUAUGGAAAUCAGUUUACUGGAUGACUUCCAAUGGAAAGAAAUCAUUAUUCCGGAAGGCGGUGAACUUGGGUUGCGUUUCGGUUUCCCAGAAGAAAAGACCGAGAACUAUGAGUUCCGGUACGCCAUGUAUAGAAACAAAUCUGACGAGGAGUUCCGGCAUCAUCUGAGAUUGGACCGAUUCGUUCUUCUGGAACAUACCAAAGGACUGCUGAAACUGUCUAUGAGAUUUCCAUUGUCCGGUAAAUUCAAACUGGAUGUAUAUGGAAAGGAUGAAAAGGAAAAUGGCUCAUUUGACUUAAUUUGUUCCCACAUGAUACAAAUCACAGUUCCAAAGAGUAAUUGUCUGCCUCUUCCCGACCAGCCCGCCAUCGGUUGGGGUCCUGUCCAAGAGACCAAGGACUCUGGUAUUGUACCGAAGAGUCACGACGGCGCUGUUAUAGUGACGGAGGACGGUAAAGUUGACAUCAAACUGGGCACUAACAAGAAGAUGGAAAUACACCAGCUUUUGAAGAGCAUCAACUUAGAUGAAGCAACGCUCAGUAAAUAUGUUCUUGUCAGAGAAGAAAAUGGGGAACAUUUUAUUCACAUUCGGUUACCACAGGGUGGGGAAUAUGCUCUGAAAAUUUACGCCAAUGAAGAAGGCAUGCCAGGGGAUGCUGACAAUAUAUUGAAUUACCUCAUCAGUUGCAGUAACGACGAAGUUCAAAACAAACCCUUCCCUAAUGUACCUGAUGGAAUACUUGGAAAGAAACCCGUUUCGGAAAAUAUCGGUGUAAAUGCAAGGAUUCAAAAGGGGCGGUUUAAAACGAAAGACGGGCGAAUUCGACUGGAAUUUUCGGCCAUGAGCUACGUAGAAUUGAUGGUUGAGAUCCACACAACAGACAUUGAAGCACUGAAAUACUUGAAGUCUUACCGUCAAACUAUUGAGGACCGAUGGGCAUUUGACAUCGAUUUGCCAGUCAAGGGAGAAUACUCUGUUAACGUUUUUGCGCGCGAAAAUCCGAAACGCAGUCGUGUAUACAAUGUCCAUUCAUACCUCGUCUUUUCCGAUGGUCAUGCAUACAGAGAUACAAAGGAAGAGUUUAGACCAACAAAAGCUCUAACAGAAACUAUUCAAACAGCCGAUAACGAGGCCCUUAUUCCCAUACCACGUGGUUAUUUAGAUGUCGUCUGCUGCCUUCAGCGACUCCAUGCGAACGACCCCCCUGAUAGCUCCCAGAUAGAGAUAAUAGAUCAUGAUAAUGAUAAACUUUUCCUGACUGAACUGAACGACUACGGCGAGUAUAUGAUGAACAUAUACGACAAAGAUGAAUUCGGGCUGUUAACCUGCAUCGCCCGCUACCAGCUCAACCGUAAAACAACAACAGAGUUGAUGCAGGACGAUCCGAUGGUAAUUAUGGACAGAAUUAAAGAGGAAGCAGAAGAAGACGAAGAUAGAGCAGAAACCAAAUCAGAGACAAAAGAUCGAAUGAAAACGGGGGCUACGUUGGACAUGGUGAGAAAGCGACGUCAUAUUCUAAUGUUGAAGCGACGUGCAAUGGAGCUGGGAGACCGUGAUGCAUUGGAGCAACUGAUUGUUGCUUACGAGGACACAAAACCGGCGGAUGAUGACCCAACACUGAUGUCUGCAAGGAAACUACUGAGACUACUCAAUGCUAAAGACGAAUUGGCUGCUGCUUCAAGAACUCGUCAUCUUGAAAAACUUAAACGCGCAAUCCGGAAUGCUAAAGAAGCCAACUAUGAUGGUAUUCUGAACCUACAGUUAGUUACAGCAGAGCGCCUGCGGGACAAACUCUCCAGAAUAGAGAGGUUACGUCAUAAUAUCCUUGUUAUGGACCAAACAACUGCAGCAGAACUGAGAACCUACACACAUCCGCCAGAGGGCGUGAGACAGUCCAUCAUGGCCGUCCUUGUGUUGCUAGAGUAUCCAAAGAAGGAUGUAAAGGACUGGAAAACAUGCCAGACGAUUUUGUCACGCUCAGGGAAGGAGUCCAUCAUGCGUCGUGUGGCUAUGUUUGAUCCAAAGUACUGCUUCCUAGAUGUGGCUUUGGAAGCAAAGCGGAUCAUUGCUCCAUUCUCACUCGAGGAAAUCCGUGACGUCAGCAACGGUGCCGCAGCCUUUUACAAUUGGGCUUAUGGCAUGAUUGUCGAGGUCGAGCAGACAGGCGGUGCCAGUCGUCCAAUGGAUGAGUGGAUGAGAGUGACCGAAGAUGUCCGAAAUGUGGAACAAACAAUCUCUCUUGGCCCAGCGUCUGCGCGGACAAGUCGGUCCAGGCUACUUAAAACGCCUGAAAAACUGACAAGAUACAACACACAGGACACUAUUAACAAAACAUAUACCGUCAGGUCCCGCAACUCGUGACAGUCAGGUCCUGCAACUCGUGACACAUGGCGAAGCGACAUGACAUUAUCAACAACAUUGAAUUAAUCAGAAGAGUGGAACUAGCGCCAGUCUUAGUUCAAGAAAUCUAAUGAUUUUCUAACCCAAGUAAUAAUUAAAUGAUAUAUUAACCCUCAAGAUUCUAACGUGUGAUAUGUGUUUUGAGAUUCCGGAGAUUGAUGAAUAUUGCAUGUCAUAUUCUUUGUUAUAUGUACAAAGGUAAGGAAAGUAUUAUCAUUGAAAAUGUGUAAAUUCUUUUGUCUAUGAAUUUGUCGAUAUAAUAAAGGUUUACUA